UAAAUGGCGGUCUCCUUGAAGACAGCGGAAAGCCUGUUCCGUAGCACGGUCAGUAGCACUUGACAGGCUGAGGAGCUAAUAAAAGUCAGCUCGUAAAUUCAUUCAGGACAACUUUACAUCGUUUGACAAGGACAAUGGCGGAACAAAUAAAGGGGAGUUUCCAGGUGGAUGUAGACAGGUCAUUUUCAAAGACAGGAUCCACUUCAACAGCCAUUACCCUGGUUCUGCCGUCCUUCCCAACACAUGUAACGUGUCUGUCCUAGGCCCAACUCUCCCAGGCUGGAGGGUAUUGUCCCAGUGUAGGAGGCUGCUGGCCAGUGUUGGCGCUGCCUGCCACUCAGACAGUGGAAACAGACCUUCCCCUAUUCUCCUGAACUGCGGCGUCCCUAAAGAGGUGGCGGCCAACGCUCUGAGGCUGAGCGUAGGCAGAGGGACAACCAGGAAGGACGUGGACGAUGUCUUAGAGGAUCUAAAAGAAACGGUUCUGCUGCUGGAGAAAAAUCAACUGAAGGACUUAAAAUAAACCGAAGCGGUGUAUAAGUAUGACUUAUUUGAAUUAAACUAGGGAUGACCCGAUAAAACUUUUCAGGUUCAAUACAGAUACUGCAACUUGAAGUAUCUGCCGAUACUGCCGAUAUAUCGGUCUUUACAUUGUUUUCACCCCCAGCAUGCUCUGAGGCGAUGGUGUCCCUUGUAACAGUAUGUCGCACAAAGUUGAACAUUUGGCAAUCGCAUCAAAAUUUUGAAUUUUGACUAUCGGAUUGAGUCAUCCCCAAUUCAAACACGUCCAUUAUCGUCCUGCAUUUCUUAGUGCUUUGUUAAUCAGCCUUUCCGCAGAUGAAUUUGAAAAACAAGCCUUGCUGUUAUUCACUAUACUUGGCUCUGACUUCUCCCAUUACUUAAGUUUCCAUGCUGCCUCUGCUCCCUCAUCUCCAGUGAAGCAUGGCUGCAUGUGCCAGCUUAUGGCCACUGCCACACAAAGGGAGAGCAGGGGGCCACGAGCGCUACGCCUCCACCCGUCUUUCAUUACCUUUCUAUCUCGCUGCCUCCGACUCCCUCCUGUCUCCCCACGCAGCCAUGCUGUCCAGCUGGCUCCUGAUAGGGUGUCACUUUCCUGGCUCGGGAGGAGGCAUUGAGUGCAUGACUUUUUAGUUAUUGUAUUGGGGGGUUUGUGCAUGUGGUGCGUGAUGACCCACUGACCCGCUCCAGAGAGCUUGUUGUGUGCCAUAAACCACUCGUAGCAUCCGGACAUGGUGCUGCAUCGGGCCAUCCAGGCAGCACGAGCGGGGGAUUUAGGAACCCUGAGGCUGCUGGCGUCCUCGGGUCACCUUUCACCUGUUAUUACUGAUGCUCAAGGUGCCAGUCCCGUACACCACGCGGCCAGGUGUGGACGUCUCGAGUGCCUACAGUUCCUGGUGAGCGAGCAGGGACUGGCAGCCAAUUUCCGGGCCUUGAACAGAGCCACACCAGUGCAUGACGCAGCAGCCACGGGCAACAUCCGAGAGCUGCGAUGGCUCGUCGACCAAGGAGGCUGCAACAUCCAGGACCAGGAUGCAGCGGGCGUCACGGCUCUUCACCUGGCUGCCCGCUUUGGUUGCGUGGAGGUAGUUCAGUGGCUUCUCUCGGCUGGAGGCCUGGCAGAGGUGGAGACGAACUGUGGAGCAGUUCCUGCUCACUAUGCUAGUGAAACACAUAAAAAAAUCAAUACAAAAUUCUACAUUUUGUUGUGUUGCAGGUGUGUUAACCGCCGGACAGGCCUCGGGGCUACACCCCUCUACCUGGCCUGUCAGGAAGGACACCUCUCUGUUGCGGAGUACCUGGUCAGGGACUGCGGCGCUGAUGUCCACCUAAGAGCUCAUGACGGCAUGACCUGCCUGCAUGCUGCAUCCUACAUGGGUCAUCAAGCUGUGGUCAUUUGGUUGGUGACUUGCACUGAUGUCAGCUUGUCUUGCCAGGACAGAGAAGGUGCUACUGCGUUGCACUUUGCUGCCAGCAGGGGGCACUAUUGCAUUUUGGAGAGACUGCUUGGCUUUGGUGCAACGGUCAUCAAGGAUCAAUGGGGAGGGACCCCACUUCACGACGCUGCCGAGAAUGGGGAGCUGGAGUGCUGUAGAAUCCUCUUAGCCAAUCGAGCAGAUCCGUCCGACCAAGACAUUGAUGGCUUCACGGCCGCAGACUUGUCAGAAUACAAUGGCCACUAUGAGUGCUCCAGAUAUCUGCGUGCCAUGGAGACAAACACUGAUAAGCCCACCGAGGUCGCCCCUUCUCUGGAGGAAGAAGAGAAGGCAAAGCCGGCAUCGUUGUUGCAGCAGAGCAGGGUGGACUACUACGGCAGCCUGAGUGACACAUGCAGUGACGGUCUCAGCACCAACAUACCAAUGGACUGUUUAAAGCAACCAGAGAGUGAGGAGCCUCCCCAGGCCAGAUACCCUCAGCUUCCUGCUGCGCCUCCCUCACCUCCAGCACCCUGUGGCUCUCCUCCUCCACCCCAGAAAAGCACUGUCCGCAGAAUAGAACAUGUCCAAAUUGCAACAUCUGUUAUUAAAGGUUUCAGUCAGAGCAAGCGAGCUGGAACUAAACCCUCUGAUGACAAGGUGCUGUUGCCUGACACGAACCUCCUGGCCGAAAGAAAACUUUUCGGCAACUUGAAAUCCAUCAAAUCUCUGAAGCAGUCAGGGAUUUCAGGAGCCUUCACUGGACAGGCAAAUAAGAUGGUAGUGCUGCCCACUGAAGAGGCCAACCUGUCAGAUAUUGACUACCUGGUGCCUACCCAUGAUGAGAAGGGUCAUUCCAUCGCUGAGUGGAAGAGGCAGGUCAUGGUGAGACAGCUGCAGGCCAGGCUGCUGGACGAGGAGGACCAGAGGAGAAAGGAAAAUGGGAACAGAUAUGCCAAAGUAUGUUGGAGAUAUUCCCAAGCUCACAAUGCCAUACUGGGUCCCUUUGGCGAGCUGCUGACUGAAGCUGACCUCAUCUACUUGGAGCAGCAGAUCGCCAGCGUCGCCAUGCAGAGGGAAAGUGCGGGUUAUGAGCUGGAGCUCGCUCGUCUAGCCGAGGAGCUGCGGCACAUCCUGCCGGCACCGAUCGUCAACAUCACCGUCAACACUCAGUUCAGAAAUUUCAGCAGUCACGUUCCUCUGCCUCUGUGGUGCGGACGCAUCUCCGGCAUCGUACAGAGUAUGUCCCUGCUCUUGACCAACAUAAAUGACCAGCCCUACAGUAAAAUGCCCAACAAUGACCUGAACACAGUAUUUUCCCAGACCGCGGACAGACAGAACAACAACAGAGGACGCAGGGAGAUGAUAGAAGACGAAAUGCAUCAGUUUGGGGUAUCGGUGAGGAAUCUCAAGUCCAACUUUGAGACUCAGGAGUUACCCUUGGAGGUCAAGACAGAGGAGGACAUUUUGUUAAACGCUUCCUCACAGCUCAUAGCAACAGAGCCAGACAAAGUCUUAAGUCCUAACGAGGAAACGGACCAGAACAGUGACUCUGGAAUCGACUAUGAUGAAAAUGUCCCGGAUGUUUUGGAAACCACCAGCUUGAGAAAAGAACGUAUAGUUGUCCUCUUCCUGGGACACUGGAAGAAGUCCGCCUAUGCUGUGACACAGAGAAAGCUCAGCACUGGCAAUCUCGAGACGGGUGACAAACCAGGGUCAUACUGCAGGGGUACCAUCGAGAGCGCCCAGUCCAAGAUGAUGAACAGUUCACUGGGACACUUCUUUAAACAGAGGAGUGCUGUCAACAAGAUGCUGGGGAACUGGAGGAACAUGAUUUCCAGCGUCCCAUCCAGACAGAUACGCCGACUCCACAAGCAGCAGGCGCUCUACUCCCCGGAGCAGUUCCUUCCCCGUGUGGACGGGAUGUCGGUUGAGCACGACAACCUGACCUUGGAUCUCUUCAUGCUGGGCUACUUCCACAUCCUGGAGUUGGACCUGCCCGUCGAUGAACGCAAAAUGAGGCAUCUCCUUUGUUUCGAGGUUUUUGACCACGUCGGAAGUUUCCCCUGGGAGAGAGUAAGGGAUUUUCACAAGGCCGUCAUACUGGACAUCGAGGCCGGGAAUCGGGAGUGGAAAGACGGCUUUGAGGACAUCAAAUCCAAGUUCUUCAGCAGCCCGGUCAGCCAGUCGGGCAGCACCGCAGAGGAGGUGAAACAGAGCCACCAUGACGUCAGACAGGUUCCUAAAGUCAUCGUGCAGACGCCUACUCCUGACGAGGGCACCCUCUGUCAGGGAGUUGACAUUUCCAGUUUCAGCAAUGAAGAGAUUUGUCAAUACAUCGACCGCAGUUUCGCCUUUUGGAAGGAGAGGGAAGCGGAAAUUUUUGAUUUUGAGUAGUGUCUCGUGUUACUUUUUAAGUUUUUUGUUUUUUUUUUAUAGGUUUUUUAAUAUAAGCUGCCCAUCAAACCUAA